UUAUAAAAUAUUAAAAUUUUAUUUUAAUUAAACAGAUGCAAAAAUCAAAGAUUUUUGUGAAGAAAACACGUAAAGGUGGCAUCAUUAAAAUAGUCCGUGAGCAUUACUUACGUGAUGAUAUAUGGUGUGGCAGUGAGGGAUGCACCCAAUGUGAGAAUGAAACUCCUGUUUUAAGUUCAAAUCCAGAAAUGCCUUCUACUUUAUGUGAUUAUCCACAUUACUUAAUACUUGACACAAAUGUUGUUCUUCAUCAGAUGGAUGUUAUUCAAGAUGAUGUUUUUAAAAACAUUAUAUUACUCCAAACUGUUUUACAAGAGGUUAAACACCAAAGUUACACUGCAUACAAAAGAAUACGUGAAGUUAUAGCAAUGAAACAAAAGUGUGCAUAUGUCUUUUCAAAUGAGCAUCAUAUAAAAACAUUCAUAUCUCGACAGAAAGGUGAAACAGCUAAUGAUUACAAUGAUAGAUGCAUCAGAGUAGCCACUAGUUAUUUAGGCAAGCACAUUGGAAGUAAUGUAAAUAAAGGAAAUGAAAUAAAAGUUGUGCUUUUGACAAAUGAUAAACUUAAUCAACAAAAAGCACAACAGGAAGGAAUCAAUGCAUUUACAGUUGAUGAAUAUGUGAAAAACUUAAAUGGGCAUUCCUAUUUGAUUGACAAGUUAGCUAAAACUGUAUAUUUAGAAAAGAAUGAAGGAAAUGCUAUAUUUCCAGAACAUCUGCCACUUUCUGAUAUUCAAAACGGUGUUAAAAGUGGGAAAUAUUUACAGGGAACUUUUUUUGCAAGCAGAGAAAAUUAUAUGGAAGCUACUGUUCGUGUUCCUGGCAGAGAAAAUGAGAUUUUCUUGCAAGGCUUAAAAAAUUUAAAUCGUGCAAUUCAAGAUGAUAUUGUUGCAGUGGAAAUGUUGCCUGAAAAUGAAUGGGUAUCUCCAUCGUCUCUUAUUCUUGAAGAAAAAGAUGAAGAGCUAGAUGAGGAAGUACAAGAUAAAAAGAUUGAAGACGAACUGAAAAAACAAGUCAAAAAACACAUCAAAGAAACAGGAAAGGUUGUGGGGAUUAUAAAAAGAAAUUGGAGACCUUACUGUGGUAUGUUAUCACCGAAUGGAAAUAUAAAAGGUUUAAAACAUAUGUUUAUAGCUGCAAAUAGACAAAUUCCUCGCAUUAUGGUUGAAUCAAGACAAGGGGAGCUUCUUCAACAAAAGAAAAUAAUUGUUAGCAUAGAUUGCUGGCCUAGAAAUUCAAGAUAUCCAUUGGGACAUUAUGUUAGAGAUUUAGGUGAGAGUGGAAAUAAAGCAACAGAAAAAGAAGUCUUGCUUCUAGAACAUGAUGUACCUCAUCAACCUUUUUCACAACAUGUUUUGGAUGAUCUUCCUAAGUUGCCAUGGUGUAUAACAGAACAGGAUUAUUUAGCACGUCAUGAUUUGCGUGAAUUAAACAUAUGUAGCAUUGACCCUCCUGGAUGUACAGAUAUUGAUGAUGCAUUGCACUGGAGACCUUUAGAAAAUGGGAAUUUUGAAUGUGGCGUACACAUAGCUGAUGUUUCUCAUUUUGUAAAGCCUGGAACUCAUCUUGAUGAAGAAGCUAAACAACGAGGAACUACUGUGUAUCUUGUUGAUCAACGAAUUGACAUGAUACCUGAAUUGCUAAGUUCAGAUCUAUGCUCACUCCAUGAAAAAGAAGAAAGGUUUGCCUUCUCUUGUAUAUGGGAGAUGACUCCUGAUGCAGAGAUAGUGAAUGUCAACUUUGUAAAAAGUGUAAUAUGUUCAAAGGCUGCAUUAACAUAUGCAGAGGCACAGAUGAUAAUUGAUGAUAAUACUCGAGUAGAUCCAAUUGCAAUCUCAGUACGAAAUCUAAACGAGUUAGCUAAAAAACUAAAGGCCAAAAGAAUUGAAUUUGGAGCAUUAACAUUAGCAUCUCCUGAAGUGCGUUUUCAUAUUGACAGUGAAACCCAUGAUCCAAUUGACAUGCAAAAAAAAGAAUUGAGGGACACGAAUUCUCUAGUCGAAGAAUUUAUGUUGUUAGCUAAUAUUUCUGUUGCAAAAAAGUUAUAUGAGCAUUUUCCUCAGCAUUCGGUUCUCAGAAAACAUCCAACGCCUUCUGCUGCAAUGUUUGAAACUUUAAUCAAGUCAGCCGCUAGCUUGAAUGUGCCAAUAGAUAUAUCAAGUGGAAAAAGUCUUCAAAAUUCUUUGGAUGCUGCUGUCUUUGAAGACGAUCCAUACAAAAAUAUAAUGCUUCGAAUUCUCUCUACUAGAUCUAUGACUCAAGCUCUUUACUUUUGUUCAGGAACUGAAAAAUUUUCUGAUUACCAGCAUUAUGGACUUGCAACUCCAAUAUAUACACAUUUUACAUCUCCCAUUCGUAGGUAUCCUGAUAUAAUGGUUCAUCGUUUGCUUGGUGUAGCAUGCGGAGCUUAUCAAUCAAGUUCGGAUUUACUGAAUAAAACUAGUGUACAGUCUAUAACUUCGCAUAUGAAUCAUCGACAUAAAAUGGCGCAAUAUGCUGCUAGGGCAUCAAUCAAUCUACAUACUCAAAUAUAUUUCAAAAACAGAAUCUGUGACGAAAUUGGAUAUGUUUUGUUUGUCAGAAAAAAUGCGCUUCAAGUUCUUAUUCCUAAGUACGGACUAGAAGGAACCGUCUAUUUAUCUUCUAAUAAAGACACCGAAAGUCCAUUUAGGUUUGAUGAAGAAAGCCUUUCUCAAACUUUUGGAAACGUAACUAUUAAAGUUUUUGAUAAAGUCAUUGUCCAAGUGAGCAUAGAAAAGAAAACUAUUCAAACCUCCGAGAUGAAAUUAAAACUAGUUCGUCCCGAGAUUCCUGGAUUAUCGGUACCUGCAGUUGGCGUAAAAAAAGUUUCAAACGAUGAACCUGUCAUUAAAAAACCUCGAGUAUCUGAUGAUUAGCAUAUUUCAUUCUAAGCACCUUUCAAUUUUCUAUAUAAAUCUUUUAAAAAAAAAUGAUGAAAUAAAAAAAUACUGAUAUUGAUUAAAUUAA